CGCCCCGCUGCCCCGGAGGACCGAGCCGCCGAGCGAGCGCCCGAGCGAGCCAGCGACAUGGGGCUCCAGCCCCUGGAGUUCAGCGACUGCUACCUGGACAGCCCGUGGUUCCGGGAGAGGAUCCGCGCGCACGAAGCGGAGCUCGAGCGCACCAACAAGUUCAUCAAAGAGCUCAUCAAGGACGGCAAGAACCUCAUCGCCGCCACCAAAAGUCUUUCAGCGGCCCAGCGGAAGUUCGCGCACUCGCUCCGAGACUUCAAGUUCGAGUUCAUCGGCGAUGCUGAGACUGACGAUGAACGCUGCAUAGAUGCAUCCUUACGGGAAUUCUCAAACUUCCUGAAGAACCUGGAAGAACAGAGAGAGAUUAUGGCAUUAAGUGUAACUGAAACCCUGAUUAAACCCUUGGAAAAAUUCAGAAAAGAACAACUUGGAGCUGUAAAGGAAGAAAAAAAGAAGUUUGACAAGGAAACAGAAAAGAAUUAUAGUCUAAUUGACAAACACUUGAAUCUCUCUGCCAAGAAGAAAGACUCACAUUUACAAGAGGCAGACCUGCAAGUGGAGCAGGCCCGGCAGCACUUCUACGAGCUGUCCCUUGAGUAUGUCUGCAAGCUCCAGGAAAUCCAAGAAAGGAAGAAGUUUGAGUUUGUGGAACCCAUGCUGUCGUUCUUUCAGGGAAUGUUUACGUUCUACCAUCAAGGCCACGAACUUUCCAAAGAUUUCAAUCACUACAAGAUGGAACUCCAGAUCAACAUUCAGAAUACACGGAACCGGUUUGAGGGAACCAGGUCCGAAGUGGAAGAACUGAUGAACAAGAUUAGACAGAAUCCCAAGGACCACAAGCGAGCCAGUCAGUUUACCGCGGAAGGCUACCUGUAUAUCCAGGAGAAAAGGCCUGCUCCAUUUGGGUCCAGUUGGGUCAAACACUACUGCAUGUAUCGGAAAGCAGCCAAGAAGUUCAACAUGAUCCCGUUUGAGCACAGAUCUGGAGGGAAACUCGGGGAUGGAGAGGCAUUCUUUUUGAAAGAAUGCACCAAGAGGCACACUGACUCCAUCGACAGAAGGUUUUGUUUUGACAUUGAAGCUGCUGACCGGCCUGGUGUUUCCCUGACCGUGCAGGCAUUCUCGGAAGAGGAAAGGAAGCAGUGGUUGGAAGCGCUGGGCGGAAAAGAAGCGCUGUUCCAAAGCUUUAAUAAAGCAAUCCUCCCAAGACCAGAAGGAGGUGCACAGUUGGAUAAGAUGGGAUUCACCAUUCUCAGAAAAUGCAUCAGUGCCGUGGAAACACGAGGUAUCAAUGACCAAGGAUUGUACAGAGUUGUGGGGGUGAGUUCAAAGGUCCAGAGACUUCUGAGUAUGUUGAUGGAUGUAAAGACAUGCAGUGAGCUGGACCUGGAGAAUUCUGUUGACUGGGAAGUGAAGACAAUCACAAGUGCUCUGAAACAGUAUUUGAGGAGUCUUCCAGAGCCGCUUAUGACCUUUGAGUUACAUGGGGACUUCAUUGUUCCAGCCAAAAGUGGCAGCCCAGAAUCUCGGGUCAACGCCAUCCAUUUCUUGGUACACAAAUUGCCAGAGAAAAACAAAGAGAUGUUGGACAUUCUGGUGAAACACUUAACAAACGUGUCAAAUCACUCCAAGCAGAACCUGAUGACCGUGGCCAAUUUAGGAGUGGUAUUUGGGCCAACCCUGAUGAGGCCACAGGAGGAAACUGUUGCUGCCAUCAUGGAUCUGAAGUUUCAGAAUAUUGUUGUGGAGAUAUUAAUUGAAAACCACGAGAAGAUUUUUCGGACCUCUCCUGAUGCCACAUUCCCCGAGCCCACCUGCUUGUCACCGUCACCCCCAAAUGCUCCACCACGUCAGUCAAAGAGACAGGGGCAGAGGACAAGGAGACCCGUGGCCGUGUAUAACCUCUGCCUGGAGUUGGAAGACGGUGACAGCCCCAGCCCUCUCAAGGAGGUCACCCCCACCAGCAGUCAGGAUUCACUCUCCUCCACAUCUCCCGUGACUUCAGUUGCCCAUGCCCACGGGCCUUCUGGACCAGACCUAAACCACCUUCUGGCAGAUGUGGGGAGCUGCGGAGACUGGGCCUCGACUGCCCCAAACCAGACCCGACCGUCUAUGGUGCAGUGGCUUAACCUGCAGACUCCAUCCGCGCCGAGUGCCAACCCAGCCGUCUCGCCGCCUUCGCCCGGUUCAUCACCUUUCGCCCUGUCUCCUGCUGCCUCCUUAGCGGACAAGCUCCCUGAAUGCGUUAUCAGUCGCAAGGCCCGGGCAGUGUACCCCUGCGAGGCAGAACACAGCUCAGAAUUAUCAUUUGAAAUAGGAGCAAUUUUUGAGGACGUGCAAACCUCAAGGGAGCCUGGUUGGCUGGAAGGGACCCUGAAUGGCAAGAGGGGCCUCAUUCCACAGAACUACGUCAAGCUGCUGUAGCUCUUAGCCUUGGUCCCUGCUGACCCUGGCACCCAUACACGCACCUGGGAGCCGCACCCACAUGCCACAUCCGUGCUCGGCAACCACGGAUCACCACGGGAACUCACCGCUCGGGACCGGGCGGGCCUGAGCCACAGGAGCUGCCUGCCGGCGUCCACUGCACGGGCCUCGCGUCUGCCAAGCACGGAGGCUUGUGAUCGUCAAUUGUCCAGCCCCAGGAACGCAGGGGAGGCAGCCCUCACGGGCGACAAGGGACCUGCUCUCUGUGCACCUGCUAUUGGGCUGGAAAAGAAAUUGUACCGUCCCCUGGAUUAUGUGUGAGAACAUGUGUGGCCCUGGUGGCUGAGGUGUGGAGGAGUUGGUCUUAGUCUAUAGGGAAGCAGAGAGAUGCUCUUUUUUUUUUUUUUUUUUUUCUUAAUCUGCUUCUUCUUGCCCACUCCACUGGGGAGGGGGUCCCACUCAUUAUCCACACUGAACUUGCCAGCAUGCUUUUGACAAGCCUUUUCCACGUGUUCCUCGUCUGGGUCCUGUUUGCUCCGUGCCACCUUGUUGCCCCAAGGUGUGCCCUCCCCCCAUCUGUAAAUGAAAUAAAAUGUAAUUUACUAUUCAA